GAUAGAGCUGUCACAUGGCUGAUGGAUGAUAGGGGGGACCGAUGCUCGAUUAUUACUCAAUCUCCCGUUCUUUAUCUAACCAUACUUUUCAAUUAUCAAUCUUUCUAAAAUGUUAUUCUUCUCGAUUUUCCGCGUGAUUUAGACGUUUUUUUGUGAUUUCUUUUUUUCAUUUCUUGAUUUUUUUUUGUCUGGAUUAUUUUUUUUAAAUAACCUUUGCUUUUUUGAGAGGAGUGAUAAAGUAAUAAAUUUCAAAUUUGUUUCCUGGUUUAUGGAAAGAAAGAAGUAAAAACGAAUGGUUAAAUAUCAGUAUGACAUGUAGAGAAAUAUUGUUGGAUUAAUUUACUUGGAAUAUUGGGAAUUUAUAUAUGUCAUAAAACCAAAAUGGCAGGAUUUUCUGUGAUUGUAAAAGCCGUUUUGAGCUUAGUGUUUUUUGUGAUGUUUUUGUCACAAGCCGCUAUGGCAAUAUCACGGACAGUACAGCAGUCUGGAAAUGAUCUCUUUAAAAUGCCAGUGUUCCAACAACAAGUUCAUUCUGCAAAAGCUAUUUAUAGUCAAAAUAAAGUUAAUACAGGUUCAACAAAUGACCAGCAUCCAGCCGAUAUAUCUGUGUUUGGUGACCCUUUAAAAGACAGUGAUAUUUCAAUUAAAAUACAGACACCUAUUCAAACAUAUAAUUUAAAUCUUGAAAGACUUAAUAAUACUUUACUCCAUAAAGACUUUACAGUUUUAAAUGUAUUCACGGAUCCAACUGGGAAAACCGUUUUUCACGAAGACUCAGUGAAGCAUAAAUUGCACGACAAAUCAAAAGAGCUUAACUUUUACCACGAUCCAUUAUCUGGUACGCUAGUAAGCGUCCGAGCCAAUCAUAAACCAUCUACAGACAAUCUCAAACAUUUUGUGGAAGGAAUUAUUCAUGAUGACGUCAUAAUAGCACCACCAGUUGCUCACAAACGUCAUAAAAGAUCAUUACAUCAACACACACAUACCAUGUGGAGAAAAGCUCCAGAAAUUCAUAAUUUUAUUGAUGAUGAACUGUUUGUUCCACCAAAUAUAGACAAAUUAAAAUUCCCUACAACUAUUACACCACUCGGACCUACAUCUUACGACAACGUUCCAUAUACACAUGUUAACAGAACUAAACGUCAGGUGACACUGACGUCAUCAAAAAUUGAACCGGAACUUCUUUUAUUUUGUGAUAACGCUAUGGUUCAACAAUUUGAAGGGGACACAGACGAACUUCUUGAAUAUCUUCUACAUUUCUGGCACGCAGUUAACUGGAAAUUUCUAACAAUAUCACUACAAAGACAGUGGCCACAUAUAGAUCUCAAGAUUCGAGAAAUAGGGGUAUUUCGAGACCCGUCAGCCCAGCCAUUUAUAGAGGAGAAUCGUAUACGACGUGGCAGUAGGUUGUUCUCCCUGUAUGACGCCAUGGACAGUCUACAAAGAUGGCUUGUCAAGUACGAAACUGUCCUUCCAUUACAUGAUGCUGCAUUUCUGCAAACAGGAAAUGAUGCCUGUAGAAUGACAAGUCAUACACGACGGUUUAAAGACAGUAGAUUUACGAGUGAUGAAGAUGAAGAGGAAAUAGAUGGUUGUGUAGCAGGAACAGCAGGCGUUGCUUACGUCAGAGGGUCUUGCUUGUCGGCACCAUACUUUCGAAAACUUGCUUACAACUUUGGUAUUGGAGAAGCAUCAACAAGUUUUAAUGGUGUAAUCAUUGCCGCUCAUGAAGUUGGACACUUACUAGGCGCAUAUCACGACGGUGAGGCAGAGGCCCGAGGGUGUGCCAGUAAUUCUGGCUACAUUAUGAGUUAUUCCAGGGAAGAUGCCUAUAAAUUCAGCCGGUUUUCACCAUGCUCUAUAUCAAGCUUUCAAAACUUUCUCAAUAUGGAUCGUUCUGCAUGCCUCAGACAAAGGGCAAGCAAUGAAAUUAUGAAAUUUCCGACGUCAUUUCCUGGAACAUACAUGUCUAUAAAUGAGCAAUGCCGAAGAUUUACCGGUGGACCACCUUGCGAGAUUGGACCUAAGCAAUGUGAGCAUCUAUGUUGUGAUGAUGCCAAGGGUCAGUGGAGAUAUACGCGUUCGGAACCAGCUGUUGAUGGGACUUCUUGUGGUAAAAGAAAUGUAUGUUUGAAUGGUCAAUGUAUUUCAUUAGCGUCAUUUGGAUAAUUGUUUAUGUGUACUUUAUUUAUUUCUGCCACAUCGACACAAUAUUUGUGAAGGGAGGAAGAACUGUGAUGCGCUACCAGCCUUUCUGGAAAGUUAUUUAUAAUAUAUGAUUCAACAGAUCGUUGAUAUAACCUAUGGAGUGUAAACAUUACCACUGUCAGUUUUAGAUGUCAUCCAUAUGUGUUAAGAACAAAGUGUUAUUCAGCUGUUCAUAUACUUCUGAAAAUAUCAUAAUUGUUUUAGUUUGGAGCAAUAAGCGCAGUUUUUUUUCCUUUGAUUUUAACUGGAAAUCUAAAACAUUGUUCCACAUAUUAUCAUACAUCGAUCUUCUAAUCGGACAAAUUGAAUUCCAGUCGCAUUAAAAAAGGUAAAAACUAUAACAGUUAACGUGAAACUAAACAUGUUUGUGGUUAAUAGUUUACAUGAAACUAUUUUCUUCCCGUAACAACGUUUAUGGCUUCUGAAGAAUCAUUGUAUUUUAAAAGGUUUCAGAAAUUCAAACAGAAUGAUUAAUUUCUUCAUUCGGAUAUAAAAUCCCUUUUCCUUGUUUUUGUUUAUCUAUUUAUUCUGUAAAUAAUGUGAAUUACACUUUGUGAUAUGUAAUGUUGUCCAUCUAUUAUUUGUUAAAUGCUGUUGUUAAACUGGGCACUAAACUUACUAUACAAUAAAUUAAUAAUUCUAUAUUUGUAACAUUACUUCAACUCACUCUUAAUAACAUUAAUUCAAUUAUAUAUCUUUUUUAAAAUAACUCCAAACAAUCAAAACACACAAGAAGGGUUAUUUUAUGUGAAAAGAUAUUUCACAAACAAACUAUCAAGGUGUUAAUGAAAACAUCAAAACCAUUUCUGUUACAUCAAUUUGAUUAUAAUGUUUAUGUCUAUUUCACACAGAAUAUUGUCAUUAGUACAUGUUAUAACUUAAUAAAAUGUUUUUAUUUGA